AAAAUACAACAGAGACAUAUUUCCAUUACUUGCAGCAAAGUUUAAUGCAAGAUGAGAGCCAGAGUAAUCGACCUCACAGGCUCUGAUUCAGAGUCCGACGAAGCACCUCCAGCGCACAGGAAACCAGAUACAAUGUCUGGACAGCCCAACGUGGCGCGUCAACCACUCACCAAUCUCACCAACGGAAGCCGACCCAAUGUAACGCCUGACGCAUAUGUUCCCAUAGCUCUCAUUGAAGCAAUCGAAACCAUGGACUCCACUCGGCUCAGAAGAUUUGUCCAUCAGUUUUCCCGGGAUAUUCCCGAAGUGAGAGAACUAUUAACGCAACAGGUACUUGUCAAAGGAAAGGAUGUGGUGAGGUAUCAUCGAGACAGUGAUUCCGAGGAUGAUGUGGAUAGUGAGCGUGAGAGCAGUGAGGAAGAAGAGGAGGAGGGGAGUGGAAAAGUCAAAAUAUUAAAACCAAUUAUCGAGAGCGAUGAGGAGUUCGUCCCUUUAUAUGCGAAAUGUGAGAAUUGCGAGCAGGAAUUCGAUGUCUCUGACAACAAAACGAGAAACUGUUUCUGGCAUCCAGGAGAAAAGGAACUCUAUGAAGACGACGACUUCUGGGCCGAUCACGACGAUCAAUGCCAUGGUGAUCCACUCUCGUUCAAAGAUGAUCCUGAUUACUCCGAGGGCUUCCAAUGGAAUUGCUGCGAGAACCUUGGCGAUCACUCGGGGUGCAAAAGGACAAAACACAAAGCUCCCGUUAACAUCAUUCGAGCGUCUAGUUCCAACAAGAAGAGACGAGCAGAAGAAGAUCUCCAAAUACCUGUCUUUGCAAGGUGUGCCACUUGUGGGGAGAGGUAUGAUGUUAAUGAGAGUGGGAGAGAGGAUUGUAUGAGACAUCCAGGUAUGAUAUCUCGGUGGAGAGUGUUUUGA